UUUAAGAUGUUUCGAUGUCGCGGAUGCCUCGGAACGCCAAAUCCUCCGGUUAUGCUGACGGAAAAAGAUGCAAAAAAAUUUUUACAAGUCACGGGAAUCGAGUUACAUCCAAAUUCGGAUCAAAUUUUGUGUGAAAGUUGCUUUGAAGUGCUCUUAGUUGCUUGGAAUUUUCGUGCCGAAGCUCAAAAAGCAGAUGAUUGGUUCAAGAAUCAAUUGGAUGAGGUCACAAAAGUCGAUGAAGUCCCCCAAAAUUUAAAAGUUGAAGCAUUUCCUGUCGUUGAAUUGACUCCAAUGAGCGACUCUUCUCCAAUUGCAUCUCCAACUCCUGCAUCUCCUGUUGAAAAAGUUAAAAUUAAAGAAAAAAUCGAAUAUUUUUACGUUUGUGACAUCUGCAACGAAGACUUUAUGAGUUACAAAAAAAUCCGAGAUCACAUCACAAAUCACAAAAAAAUCUUCAGUCACUAUUGUCGGUUCUGUAACAAAUAUUACGAGAACAAAAGGAAGCUUUAUUAUCACGAAACAACGCACGAAAAUGGCACAAAUGGUCCCGUCGUUUGUGAAACUUGCGGAAAAAUCUUUCCUCGAAAGCACGAAUUGCGAAUGCAUAAAAUGACCCAUGCAGCAAAGUACACUUGCGAGCUUCCGGGAUGCGGAGAGACGUUUAAUCGGAAAAAAUUGUAUUAUCGACAUUUUGGAACGAAGCACGGGAACCCCCAUCCGUGUGUUUGUCACUGCGGAAAGGGAUUUUCCAAUCAUGUCGUCUUGAAAAAUCAUCAAAGGAAGGAACACGAUCUUGGUCCGAAGCUAAAUUGCCCUCAUUGCCCAAAACAAUUUCUGAAUCAGAGAGAAAUUGAUCGUCAUGUGGUCUCAAUUCAUCUCGGAAGAAAGGAUUACGCAUGCAAAAUUUGCACGUGCAAAUACUUUCAUGCUUAUAAUUUGAAGCGACAUUAUCGAACGAGUCAUUUAGAUACAUAUUUGCAGUUGGUAAAAGACAAAAUCUCAUUCGAAGUCUUCAAAAUUAAUCAAGAUGAGGAACUUCAGGCAUGAAAUCCGCAUGAAAUCAGUGAAAAUGACAGUUAAAC